AUGCGGAGAUGCACGUAUGAUCACUGUGCAACGCUCCCCUCACGCAUGCUCCUCCCAUCCACAGUUCAUCCAGUGCAUUGCCUCCUCAUCAGGCUUAACUUCCCAAACGCCCGUUUGCCCGCAUCUAUCUUCACCAAAUCCCUCACCUUCGCCAUUUCCGACACAAUCUCUACCAACACAUCCAAAAUGGCUCCAGCUUUUGCUGCUUCCCCAGCAGUCUCGUCGCACUCGUCCUUUGCACGUAACUCGUUUAAGUGCCCCACUCCGUCUACUACCGCAGUUACCAUGUCCGCCGCAUCUCCGAUGUCGCGGCGAAAUGCGCUAGCUGCCGCCGCUGCCUUAGUUACUGGGGCCGUUUUCUCCCCACUGGCCGCAUCUGCGAAGAGCGGCGACUCCCCAAAGAUUUCCAUCUUCGGCGUUGGUGGAGCCUCGUCACCUUUCACCGCGGGUGUGCAGACAAGUGGCAAGGUUCUUUACAAAACGUUUGGCGACGCCGAGGUAGAUGUGUUUAAGAGAAUUGUGACUGAUUCAAAGGACAGGCUUGAAGGCUCGGUUGAUUCCAUCAAAAUCAAGAGCUGGGACGACAUCAGAGGUCAGCUUCGACUUCAAAAUGAUCUGCGAAAGACUCAAAUUACGGUCAACAGCGGCAUCUCCGAUCCGAAACAGGCUGCGAAGGCCGUCAAGGCCUACCAGAAUUUCAAGACAGACAUCGAGCGCCUUGACGCCGCCUGCGUCCAAAAGAAUCAAGAUCAAGCCUACAAGGCCCACAGAGCCUCGGUGGCCAGUCUUUCAGCCUGGCAGGACACCGUCGGGUUUUAAGCCCACAGUCAAAUGUAUCAGUCGCUUUCCUCCGCGGUAUUGCUGGCUAAUUGAAUCCAGGUGCAAUACGGAACAAACGUCAUGACGUUCGUUGACCCUACUUCCUACCUGUCGAAUGCUGUUUACAAUGUGUUGAGCCACUCCCUAGCAGAACACCUUCCAAAACAGAGAAUAAAUUGUCAUAGUUGCUGAG